CUUCAAUGGGAAACCAGAACUGCACCAAGAUGAAUUAUUAUCUUUAACCAAGCAUGAUAUGGUGAACUAACUACCCAUACCUAUCUACAUAGUAUUUCAAUCAUCGUAUUCUCCAUUUUAACGGCUAAGUACCUGGGUACAAAACCCCACCGGCUACUACGUCGAUGCCCCAGCGUCUCCAUCAGAGCAUGGAUAGGGCAAGUGAAGUUCUAAGGGACGCGCGGCUCAUCAUAACGGCAUUGACAUAUCGUUAAGGAUGGAGCAUACUUUAUAUUAGGCGGGAUGGCCCCUAAUGCUUUUGCUUCCCUCCAUCAGAAUCCGUUCUCAUAAUCUGAUGGCCUUUCGAUACCAAUCCGCAUCAACACCUCACGCCUCUCUUUCAGUCUCGCGCUAAUGAUUUCCUUCCAGAAAUUAAUAGGCUUAAGUGCCUUGGUAGGUUCUGCGAGAGCUGUCUCGCUAUCCGAUUACUGUACGGCUACUUUUGCUACCAGCGUAUUGCCAACUCAGGACCUCGGACUAGGUGUCACUCUCGACGUCUCGUCGGUGUCAGCUACUCUUGCGACUAACAAAUCAUUUACUUCCGAAUGGUUUGGGACUGUCGCGAUCGACUAUUGCAAUAUCACGUUCGCCUAUUCUCACGAUGGAAUUGCGAACGAUGUCGUCCACGUGUCAUAUCUUGUCCCGCCACCGGACAAGUUUUUGAACCGAUACGUCUCUACGGGAGGAGGCGGCUUUGCCAUUAAUUCGGGGUCAUCGUUCAGUCCUGUUGGUAUCAUUUCUGGUGCUGUAUCGGGCAUUACGGAUGGAGGUUUCGGUAACUUCAAUACUGAGUUCGAUGAAGUAUUCCUCUUGGCGAAUAACACGGUCAAUUGGCAAGCAACAUAUAUGUUUGGAUAUCAGGCGCACCACGAGCUUGCUACACUCGGAAAACAGCUUACCAGGAACUUUUUCAACGUAUCCGAUAGCCAAAAAAUUUAUUCUUACUAUCAAGGGUGUUCCGAAGGUGGCCGUGAGGGAUGGAGCCAAAUCCAACGCUUCGCGGAUCAAUUUGACGGACUCGUAACUGGCGCGCCUGCUUUACGAUUCAGCCAUCAGCAGACGAAUCAUUUAUCAGGCGGGGUCAUAGAAAAAGCAAUCGGUUACUUUCCGCCCCCUUGUGAGCUUGAGAAAAUCGUUAACUUGACAAUUGCUGCUUGUGAUGGCUUGGACGGUAGGGUAGAUGGCGUGGUUGCGCGUUCCGAUCUCUGCAAGUUAACCUUUAACUACAAUUCGACAAUCGGUCAGCCAUACUACUGUGCAGCAUCUAAUGGUGGACUCCCGGGUUCUAGCUCUACGCCCGAACAGAAUGGUACCAUCACUGCGGAGGGUGUGGCAGUAGCCUCCGCAUUUACGAACGGUCUGAUGGACUCCAAGGGGAAACGCAUAUACAUAAACCCCCAACCCGGCUCCGCCUUUACUGACGCUACAACUCAAUUCAAUGAGGAUUCAGGUGAAUGGGAGCCCAAUCUCUCGGGUAUAGGAGCUCAGUGGAUUGCACGCUAUCUAUAUCUCCAACAAAAAGAUUCGCUUGAUAGUCUCGAUAAUGUGACUGCUGAUACUCUGAGGGAUUGGAUGACAUCCGGUAUGCAAAAAUACCAGGACUCACUUCAGACGACCUGGCCAGACCUGAGCCCCUUCAAGGCAGCCGGGGGCAAAGUCAUCCAUGUCCACGGAGAGGCGGAUUCUUCAAUCCCAGCUGGAUCUUCGAUUCAUUAUUACGACUCUGUUCGGAAUUCCAUGUACGACGACCUAAGUUACAACGACAGUAUAUCCGCAAUGGAUGACUUUUACCGCCUAUAUAUUGUUCCUGGUGGAGAACAUUGUGGAAGUAACCAAGAUCAACCAGGCGGUGGCUGGCCUGCAACUACACUCCAAGCAGUUAUCGAAUGGGCCGAGAAAGGAACCGCGCCUGAUAAACUUAAUAACACGGGGGAUAUUGAUGUCUUGUGCAAAUGGCCUCUCCGCCCAUUAUGGUCCAACAAUGGAAGUCAUUUCGAUUGCGUAUAUGACUCUAAGUCAACGGAGUCCUGGACUUACACCUUUGACGCCUUCAAAUACCCGGUCUAUUAGGUUACGAGAGCCUGGCACUUUACUUCUACUCUCCUAUAUUUUAUUAGUACCGCCACAAAUUUUCCAACCAAUCAGAUCCUUAAAAUCGCCCCGCAGUUGGCGAUAUUCUCCUUUGCCAUUCUAUUCUAUCGCAUAACGUCUAAAACAUAUGCGAAUAAUAUAGAAAGAUUACGCAAAACAAGCUCUAUCUAACUAUAUUAAUUAUCAAAAAUUUUAUAUAAUACUGAAAUAAUUCAAUUGAUUUUACAAAAAAUUCAUCGGACGUGCGUUAAGGUGUGGCUAGCCAAUCAAAGGCUAGACUUUAGCUGUGGCGUUAGUUUUGCGCAUGAU